AUGCGUGUAUAUAUUCCCCUUCUCACCCUCCCUGACUUAGAUACCCCCCGGCAGCCCGCCCCUACCAUGGCCGCGGUGCAUGCGACGAUGCCCUCAGACAACAUCUUCUCGGGCAUCAAGCCCGACGACAGGGUGGUGAUCGAGAACGUGAUCGCCGUGAUGAAGACGCUGAGUCGCGACCUCUCCUUCUCGGAUUUCGAGAUCCGCAGCACCCAGAAUGGCUUCGUGCUGAUCGCCAAGACCUGCUCCCACGUGAUGGUGGGGAUGGCCGACCUGCAGGUGAUCAAGGACUGCAACCCCGUGAGGAUACAGAACGUAGCGGUGGCGUGGGGGGAGAACAACCGCCUUGCCGUGCAUGUCAAGAUCCUCAACAGCACGGCACCCGUGACCGUCACGGAGACCGACAUCAUACGCGUGAAGAGGAAGAGGCUGUGGGGGUUCCUAUAA